GUGGUCGCGGUUGUUGGCCCCGCUCCUCGGUGCAGGUCCCGGUGCUGGCGGCCGGUCCCGCUGCUGGGAGCACCCACCCGGGAUGCGGUGGGUGCUGAAUAGCCCCGGGAGGAUGCGCUGCCCUGGGGUGCUGGCCUCGAAUGUGGGCGCAGGUGCGGGUCCUCGGUGCUGGUCUCGGUGCUGGGUGCUGGCCGCCGGGAGGAUCCACCCGGGAUGCAACGGGUUCGCACCCGUGAGGUUGCGCUGGCCCGAAGUGCUGGCCCGGGCCCUGCGGUGCUGGCCCCGGGGAGGAUACGCUGGCCCCGGCCGCGGGCUGCAGCUCCAGGGUGCUGCCGGGGGGGAUGCGCUCACACCGGGGAGGAUGAUGGCCCUGGCAGGGGUGUCGGGGCUGGGGCUCAUGGAGCUGCUUCCCUCCAGCCGAGUGCCCCGGGAUACUGUGGGCAGAGCUGGGGUGGCCACAGAGGGGACCGCGGUGGGAGGGCUGUUUGCGGGUGACCCCGGUCCCCACCGGUGCCAGUGUGAGGUCCCUCAGCAGCAGUGUGACACAUGGCUGCGUGACACAUGGCGUCCAUUGCAUAGGUAGUGGCAGCCAGGAUUUCACAACCAGCCUGAGCGUCCCUGGGGACAGGGUAGGAAACUGUGUCACGGAGCAGGGGAUGUCCCUUGCCUGCUUCUGUUUGUGAGUGGGGCACCAGCACGGGCACUGGUGUGAGAUCUCAUUGGUGUGCCUGUCCCACUGUUUUGUGGUGUUUCCCUGGCUGAGGCACGGCUGCCAGAGAGGAGUUGGUGCCAGAGCCUGGAUUUCAGGGCCUGGUGAUGCAAGGGGUCCUCACACGUGCCAGGGGCUUGGGUGCUCCUGGCGCAGGGGAAAGGCAAGGUUUUGCUCAGGCUCCAGCUGCAGAGUCAGAGCUCUUAUCCCAAAGCUCCCAAAUAUUUCCCUGGAGCAAGGGCUUCCCAUCCCAGCAGGAGAAUUUUUAGGGGGGAGGACAUCACUCCGGCAGCGUGCAAGCUCAGACUGGAGGAAGGGCCGCGUCCCCUCCUGCUGCCAACAAUCAUAACACGUGGCCGGGGGGAACCAAAUCACACCAACCUCCCAAAACUUGCUGAGAUUCCCUCCAGGAAGACGCGUGGGCUGACGGAGGCAGUUUUGCCCCGCAUUAUCUGGGGCUCCCCCGUUUCCAGCCCUGAGUGGCCAAGGCGGUGAGAGCCGACGGGAAGUUCCUCAGCGCUUUGGGCUUGGUUUUCCUUGUUCUUCUCCUUCCAUCAGAGCCAGAGGUCGCGGCGGCAGCGGGGAAGCUCGGGCUGGGGGGGAUUGCCUUGCCCGCCACCCCCAACCCCACCCCAGCCGCGCGCGUGCCCGUCUGUCUGUCUGUCUGUCUGUCUGUCCCCAUCUGGCAGCGAGCGGCGGCCCCGCUGCCGGUUGUGUGCGGCAGCUGCCUGUCAGGAGCGUUUCCCUCUCCUCCGAGGAGCUCAUGGCGGUUCUCGGGAACGGCGGGGCGCGCUCCGCUCACCGCCCACGCCUCGCCGGCGCCGGAGGCAGGCGGGGAGAGCCCCGGCAGCCGCACGCUGGGGGAACGCUUGGAUUGUCAUGCCCAAACAAGCCCCAAACGGCCGCUUUUUCGGUGGAGGGCUCUGGCGGUGCCGAGGGCGCGAUGGUUUCGCUGCGGGCUCUCGGCGCGCCCGAUGCUGCCCAGCUCGGCACACCGAGGUCCCGGCAGCUCCACGGCUUUCCUCUGCUCCCGCUGCAUUAAAUUCUUGCGCGAGUGCAAACUGCGAAUUGCUCUCUUGGCCGGCUUCAGUGCUUCUUCGUGAGCCGGGAUUUAUCAGAGCCCGCUGGACCCCGGGGGCUUGGGAUGUGGUGGGAGAGGCUGGGAACCUCCUCUCCCUGCCCUGCUGGGCUCUGCGCUGCCCUCCGGGACACCUCCUGGCUUCAUGUCGCUCUUUGCCGUCGGUAUCUUCCAUAAGCUUUUUUUUUUUGGAAAAUGCAAGAGAUUUAGGUCCCAGCUCUAUGGCAAAGUUCCCAAAGAUACCCCCAAAACAGCACAUGGAUAAGCGGUAAAUAUAUACAAAAAUUUAUAUCAUCUAUCUGUAUAUCUGCACUGUGAUGUAUGGAUUUUUUUUUUCUUACUGGAGGGGUGGUUCAGUGCUGGGGAUCUAAAAUAACCCCCUCAACAACCGCUCUUGGGAAACCAGAACAAGCUGCAGUCACUUUGCUCCGGGUGCCACCAUGUCCCCACCAAAGGACUUUUUUGAUCUGCAGCAGUAAUUGGGCUAAUUAGGAAGCUGGAAAUGCUCCCCCUUCUCCCCAGGUGUCUGAGCAGAGCCCCAGCUAGCAGAGAGAAGUCAGGGGCCCUUGCCAGUGGAACUGCUCUAAUUUUACAUUUAAUGGGUUCCUAGCCAUGACUGACUGACAUUUAAUGGGAGUCCCUGGCUGUAACUGGGCUGUGCUGGGAUUGAUGGCCUCUGGCCUGGGAGGCCCAUAACUUCCCUGUGAUAAAAUCUCAUAGGUACAAUUUCCCUAAUGACAUCAAAGGCCUCUGGGUGUUGCCUGCAGGCAGAGCAAACCUGGGCUGGUUUACCCACAGUGUGAGCCAAGUUUGCAGUUCUCAGCUCGGGCUGUGCCCCAGGGGAGAGGGGGCGGCUGUGGGUCACAGCACCCAUUAACCAGCCCUCGAGAGCCAAAGGAAAGCCUUUGGUUUUCCACUGCCUCCCAGCCUCGGUGCUCAUGAGACCCAGGGUGGAGGAAAGGAAAGUGCAGUGGGCCCCCUGUCCCUGCUCACCUUCCCAGGGCAAAGGGCCACAAACGGCAGCAGCGGCAGCACCUCCCUGGUGCAGCAUCCGCCCGUCCCACACUCCUGCACAUAUUUUCCUGGUGAGGCAUCAGGCACAAACCUUAAGGUCCCAGGCUGGUAAAACGAGCAGCAGUGGUGGAGGGAGAGUGGUUCCUUCCUGACAGCCAGCAGGGACGCUCGGGGUGCUGCCGGCGGCUCCCGGGGUGCUGUGGUGAUGGAUUGGGAGCAGGGGCCCUGCCCGUCCUGGGGAGCAUGUCUGUGGUGUGGCCACGUCCUUGCAGGCACCUGAGGAGGGAGGGAGACUGAUUCAGGGGUGUCUGUGGGAUGCAGCACCAGGCAGGGAGGGGGACACAGACCAGGCAGAUUGUGCUGAUCCCAGUCUGCGGCUGUGGGAGGGUGAGGUGGAAGUGUGGCUGGCAGCGGGCAGCCGGCUCCCCUUGGGGCCAGAUGGCUUUGCACGGGGAGAGUGCCCACCCAGCAUGGCCCUGUCAGGCAGCUCAGGGUGUUGGAGCUGAUGUAGUUCCCCAAGGGCUCCCACUGCGGUUGAGCCGAGGGGCUCAGGAUGCUGCUGAACCAGUCCCUGCAAGACCCAUCCACCAGCAAGGGUGGGAGCCUUCUAUUCUGAGCUUUCCCACUGCUGGCACUCCCCUGUGCCCCCAAAUCCCAUAGGAAAUGGCCUCUGCGAGGCUGGCUCCAUCCCAGCUCCGUGCUGGGGAUUUGGUCUCCACGCUUGUUCCUGGCCUUAUCCCAGUGCCGAGGGACAAACCCAAAAUAACCCCUCCAGAGGCCAGGAACAAGGAAAGGCUGGAAUUGCUGCUCUUGGCAACCAGGGGUGCAAGUAGGGUUUAAAACAUGGGAAACCCAAUUAACUUGGCUCCAUUAGCUGAUUGAGCUGGCUGAUAAGAGUAUGAUUAAUUAAAAGGAUGAAGAAUAAGUUACCAGGUCUUCACUGCUGUCGGGAUGUGGCAAUGGCCUAAUGCAUGAAAUUGGCUUCUUCUCUUAAUACCUGGUGCUCAGCUACUACUGGCCAUCGGUCCUGCAUGGCACUGAUCCACAGCAGGGAGAAACAUCCUUGUGCCAACACCGGGUCUGCUCCCUGCUCCUCUCCCAUCCAGCUUCCAGGGACGAAAAAAAAUUCACGGGGAAAAUACAAUCCCUCUGGAUGGGCAGUGCAGGAGAGAACCUUCUUCAUUACCUGUGCUGUUCUCGCCAGCUCUUGGUCAGGCUCUGGAAGCCCCGUGAUGCAGAGGGACAGGGUAUGGUCCCUUCCAGGCUAACAGGAGCUGACGUGGAGACAAGUGGGGCGCGUUCCUCGGCGCUCUGCCCACGGGGCUGCAACCUCCAGCGGCGCUCGGGCCUGGCAAGAAAGGAAAUUAGAACAGUUUUAUACAUUUUUGUAAUAAUCCAGCUCGCUGAAGUUGGGUCUGAGACAAGGACAGGUCACCACUCGGUGUUUCUGCCUGGGGCUGAAGGAGGUGGGAGAAGACUGAGCUCACAUCCACUCCUUCCCUGUCAAAAAAACCCCCAGCCCUAACUCUCAGUUUUUCCAUCAUGACAGCAGGAGAGAUGCUGGUCUGGUCCAAGGGGUCCCUGUGUGCUUCCCCCUCUUCCCCAUGCAAGAGCCAUGCACCACUCUGGCACCCCGUCAAUGGUUUGGUGGUGGCAGAAGUGAUGUCCCUGCACAGGGGCCAUGGGAUGGGUGGCACCCGGUCACCUGCAUCUCCUGAGGACUUCCAGGGGAAUUUUCAGCCCCGUCAUCCCUGGGAAGAGCAGCGGUUGGUGCGGGCAGUGCUGCCCCUGCUCCUCCACUCCCCUCCUCUCCCUGCCCCGAACAGGGUGACAUCCCAUCUCCCAGUGACAGCUCCUUCCUGUGCCCACCCUGCCAUUUACCAGCAUGGAAAUUGGUGCCAACAACCUCAGGAUAUCUUAGAAACGAGCAAACAAAAGCAAAAAGACCUUAAGAUGCUGGGUGGGGAUGUGCCUGGUGGCAUUACAGCUGAUGGGGAAGGGACAGGCAUCCUCCAGGCCCUGGGGCUGUCGGUCACAUCACUCCAGCACUCGUCCUGAAAUGAAGGAUUGUAUGAUUGGAAAAAACCAUCCAGCUGUAAAAGCAGCAGAGCAAUUUGCUGGGACCUUUUAAUAGCCUCGUUUCAUUAUCUCCUGCAAUCAAAGAGAAACUUGUGUUUGAUGAGCACAGGGGACCCAGGAGACAAUUUAGGAUCCUGGGGAUGAAUUUGGGAGUGGAAGGGUAUUUAGUGGCAUGGCUGGGUUGCUGGGCUUACUCACCACAGGAGAAAUCCUGAAAUCCCUUGUUAUUUUAAGAAGGAGCAUCAAAAAUCUGGUGCAAAGUGCUCCUGCAGUGAGGUUUUAUUUGUGGAGGCGGGUUGGGUUAGGAUUGGGCAGGGAGGGCAUGGAAAUUGCCGGGGUACAUGUGGAUGUGUGGGUGCCCUGUGCCUGCUGGGGGCUGUAAGGACCAGUGCAGAUGGAAAUAGCUGCCAGCUCCUGCUAGGAAAAUGAUGACUCAAACCAGCCGCUGGGAUUUAAGGCUUCUUUUACUGCGCAUGAGCUGGGCUGGAGGGGGGGGUUUCCCCCCGCUGUGGUCGGGGGCAGUUCCGGGAGGCCCCGGGUCGGGGGGGACCAGCACAAAAUGUGCUCCAGAUGCUGCCAGGGCUGGGAUGCAUCAGGCAGGACCGGGCUGUGCUGGGGAGCCGGAAAGGGAUUUCCCCCUUUUCACCAGGAACAAAAAUAACACAAGCACACGUGAUAGCUCAUUUCCUUUAGCCUUUAAAAAGCCCCGUGGGACGGGCGGGAGCAGGGGAAGGGGCUCUGCCCAUCCUGCCUGGCGUCCCCUGCCACGUCGCAGCUGAAAAAAAGCACAAAAAUCGCCUUUUACCUCCAAAUCCUUCCAGUGUUGUGCAUCUGGGGGGGGGAAUAUACCUUUUUACUGGCUUUAUCCCAAACUCCCCUAUAUGCAAAACAACCACCCUACUCUUCCCUCUGGCAGCAACCCAAGGAACUCGUUUCAGUCACUUCUGGACAUGUGUGUGGCAUGUAGUUGUGUUUAAAUGCCUCCCCCAGAGCCUGGGAAAGGACUUGGACUGGGAUGUGCCCUUGGGUUUUGGCUCUUUCCUUUAAAGACUGUCACCACUUGAACAAAUAUUUGACAGUGGGUUAAGGAUUUGGGCAGGAGGCAUCCAUGCAAUGGGCUAGGGGAGACUCCCAAGGAGUUUUUGGGGAGUGCAGCAGUCUCUGUCCCUUGUAAGAAAACCAGCGUCUUCCAGAGGAUGUUUUUCCUAGGGGAGAGGCAUCCUGGUGCCUGCUAGCUCCUAAUUAGUGCUGCCAGCCUCAUGCUGGCCUAGCUGGGGCCAGGGCUGAGCUGUGGAGAUGAUGCCACUGCAGGGUUUGGCCUUGGGGGGGGUGUCAUCCUCUCCUCAAAAAAGGCCUGGAGGGGAGGUCACAUCUCCAUUCCCGAGAUGCUGGAUCCUGUCCCACCUCAGUAACUGGGCUGAAAGGGGAUUUUCAGCCUUUUUUUUAAAUUUGGCCAAGGAAGGGGGUCUGGCUUUGCCCUCCCCCGGCUCGGGGGGCUCGGCCACCCCUCUCGUCCCUGCCCGGGCGCAGGCGCCGGCACCUCUGCCCUGGCUAUUUUUACCCGCCGGGAUCACGAGCGAGCGGGUGACCUUCCCUGGGGGAUGCUGCCACUCGGGGUGGGGGGACAGGCCCAGCGUCGGUCCCCGGGGUGCCCGUCAGGCUGCGGAACAGUCGCUUCCCGGCUGUCUCGGCGGCGGCAGCAGCCGGCGAAGAGGGUUUUGGAGGGGCUGCUCAUGGCGUGAUAGAGAAGGAGGAUUGAGCCUACAGAAAGGAGCCCCUUGUUCGGCUCCGUACGCGAGUUCGUGGCUGAGCCUUUGUCUGGCAGGGACAGGGAGGGCACAGCCCGGGAGCUGCGGGGGUUUCCCCGGCACAGACAGCACUGCCGGCACCUCGGCUCCCUUCGCACCGUGCGCCGGCUUGUCCCCUUUGGAGAUGGCUCGUACCCUGUGCCAGGGAUGGCCCGGGAGCCCUUUUGUCGCGUUCAGUGGGGAAUAAACUCCCGAGCCCCCGGCGCCCUCCUCCAGCCCUGCCGGCUGUAUCGCCGCCCCGUGACCCGCUGUCCCCUCCUUCCCGCCCCAGGCCGGUGUCGUGGUGGCCGCGUUCCCGAGCCAGGAGCUGCGGGCCCGGUGCCAGCGGAUCGGCUAAACCCGGGGAUGACGAGCACCGUGGCAGCUGAGCGCCAGCCGGGGCCGGGACCCGGAGGAGCCGCCGGGACGCGGUGCCGCGGCUGAGCCCGGCGAGCCGAGUCGUGCCCGAGCCCCGCGGCCGGGGCCAGCAGCAGAUGCUCCCUACCUGGCACUCGGAGCCACCGGGGGCCCUCGCCGCGGCUGAACAACGCGGAUGGAAAGCUGCAGCCCAGCAGGGAGCCUUGCUGGCCGGCUGACACCAUCCCGCGCCCUAUGCCCGCGCCCUGUGCCGGAGCGGGCGCCGUCCCCGGCUCAGCCACCCGCCGACCAUGAAGUGCUCGCUGCGCUUCUGCUUCCUCUCGACCGCCUUCCUGCUCGUCUUCGUCAUGUCCCUCCUCUUCACCUACUCCCACCACAGCAUCGCCUACCUGGACCCCGGCGGGCUGGGCGGCAUCCACCGGGUGAAGUUGGUGCCCGGCUACGCCGGAAUGCAGCGGCUCAGCAAGGCGGGGCCGUACCCCCGGGGCUGCGCCUGCCGCCGCUGCCCCGCCGAGGAGCCCGGGGCCACCGACUGGUUUGACGGGCGCUAUGACGGCAGCGUGUCCCCGGUGUGGACCAAGGAGAACAUGGACCUGCCGCCCGAUGUGCAGAGGUGGUGGAUGAUGCUGCAGCCCCAGUUCAAGUCCCAAAACACCCACGAGGUCCUGAGCAAGCUCUUCCAGAUCGUGCCAGGAGAGGACCCCUACCGCUCCCGUGACCCGCGGCGCUGCCGCCGCUGUGCCGUGGUCGGCAACUCAGGCAACCUGCGUGGCUCCGGUUACGGGCCAGAGAUCGACGGGCACGACUUCGUCAUGCGGAUGAACCAGGCCCCCACAGUGGGUUUUGAGGGCGACGUGGGUGGUCGGACCACACACCACUUCAUGUACCCUGAGAGUGCCAAGAACCUGCCCGCCAACGUCAGCUUCGUGCUGGUGCCCUUCAAAACCCUGGACUUGCUCUGGAUUGCCAGUGCCCUCUCCACUGGCCAGAUCAGGUUCACAUACGCGCCUGUGAAGCCUUUUCUGCGUGUGGACAAAGAAAAGGUACAGAUCUACAAUCCUGCCUUCUUCAAGUACAUCCACGACCGCUGGACGGAGCACCACGGGCGCUAUCCCUCCACUGGCAUGCUGGUGCUCUUCUUCGCCCUCCACGUCUGCGACGAGGUGAACGUCUUUGGGUUCGGCGCUGACAGCCGGGGGAACUGGCACCACUACUGGGAGAACAACCGCUACGCGGGGGAGUUCAGGAAGACGGGGGUGCACGAUGCCGACUUCGAGGCGCACAUCAUCGACAUGCUGGCCAAAACCAGCAAGAUCGAGGUUUACCGGGGCAACUGAGGGCUGUGCCGCCCCCGGCUCCCUGCUCUGCCGGGUCCUGCUGCCUGCGGGGCAGAGGGCGAGGGGCUCCCUGGUGGCCUCGGGUGACGAACACCAGUCGGGCAGCGCCGGUUCCGCGCCGCUGACAGAGCCACCCCGGCGAUAUUUGGUGCCUCCAGCAGCCAAUCAGGUUCAGAGCUAAAGGAGACUUUUUGCUUUUUUUUUUAAAUAAUUAUUAUUAUUAUUAUUAUUAUUAAGAAACCCAGCUGAGAAGGGAUUUAUAAACACAAUCAGCGACUGACCAGGCGGCGGGGGCGGCCGCCUCACAUCUCUACAGUCAAACCAAAUGCUGCUCUUUUUAAAACAAGACAACCCCCCACCCCGAAGCUGGGUGACUUUGGGGAACCCCUCGAGCACCAGCGUCUGGGCCGAGGGGGCUGAGGGAGCCGUGGCGGCUGCGCAGCCUCACCAGUGGAACCGGCUGCUUCUUUUUUCCUCUGUUUUGGGUUUUUGUUGUUUUUUGUUUUUUUUUCCCACCUGGGGCAGCCGAUGCCUCGUUUCUCCGGAGAAGGCUCCCAGCAGAGGCAGGUCCCAGCACAUGGAUCCGUAGGGAGCUGGCAGCUGCAGGAAGCCGAUCACUGCCGAUGCUCCACUGCAGGCUGGUGAUCACUGGCACAGCCGGGCUGGGAGAUGAAGAGGAACCCUGACUUCAACACCCAGGAUCUCUGCUCCUCUACCCGAGGACUGAGGAAGGAUAUGACAGAUUUUGGGAGCGACUGUGCAGGAGGCAGCUCAGAAACCCACAGGAGCAGCAGCCCAGUCCCUCUGGCUGGGCUCUGUGAGCAGUUGCAGGAUUCACAAGGCUGUGGGAUGCAGCAGGGUCAAGGAGACAGGAUUUCCUUCGCUUUCAGGCUGGGAAAAAACAGAUUAGAGAUAGCUUUAGAGGGUGAUUGAACCUUGCUUUUGCUUUUGUGUUGCUCUAAAGAGCUCUGGUGAGAAGCUGAAAUCCCAAAGUCUGCUCCAUUUGCAAGGGUGGCACUUGGUUUAGACCACUCUGAUACAGCUGGUGCCCUCAGGGUCCCCAGGGCUUCCCAGGCUGGACAGGCAUGAGACAGGGAGAUGCUGAAGGAAACUGCCUCCCCAGAGGUGUCAUUAAAACCACUUUUCUUUGGGUCAGUCAGAUGGGUGGGGGUGUUUUUUUUGGUUUGUGGUUUGUUUUUUUUUAGGAGGUGCUGUAAAGCUCAAGAAAAAGGCAAUGAUGGAAAAGGUCCCCCAGAGAGGGACCCCCCACCUGUGCAGCUGGUGCCAAGAGUGGGGUGGGGGCUGUGGGGUUGUGCCCAGCUGGGGAAGCCCUGCCCACACUGCCUGGUUGCAAUAGUUGUUUGAGGAACAAUCACCACAGGGUUUUUUUGGGCUUUGAGGAUUUUUACCCUUUUGUGUCUGGCUUUUCUGUAGCAGCCUCUUACCUGUUUCUCUGCUUCAGUUUGGUUGUUUUUCAGGGUUUUCUUCUCUUUUUUUCUUUGAGGUUUCUCUCUGCAAUUGUCAAACACUAGGGUGUGGGUUGGUCACCUGGAGCAGGCACUCAGGAGCCCCUGGGCUGGGGAAAUUCAGCUUUUCUGUCCGCAGGGCUUUAAACCCUUGAAUUUUGUGGUGGGUUUUGGUAGGUGUGGAGCUGCCCCAGCGCUGGCAGCCCCGAGCCCCGGGGCACAGAGGCAGGUGGCAGCGAGCCCUGCUCUCCACCUUCCUGGGUGGCUUUUUAGUUUUUGUUUUGUCUGGUUUUUUACGGGGAAGAAAAGUAAAAACCACAAAACCACAAGCAACAACGAGUGCCUUGACCAUCUCCCAUCGGCCAUGCCAGGCUGUGCCUGCUCCCGUGCCGGCAGCAGGGACUUGGCCAAUGUGUCUGGCAGUCGUACCCACCUCCCUCCUCACACCAGGCUGGAUCUUAGUUGGGAAGAGAGGGACACAUCCAGGCCACUAUACUGGUGGCUAGAAAGGCCAAAUCUAGUGUGAUGAGGCCAGACCAGCUCCUGUUAGAGCUGAGCAGGGCCCGGCCUGACAAUCACAGGGCAAGUGGAGGUGCCAAGCCGGGGUACCAAACCCUGCAGCAGCACAGUGCUGGCACCUGGCGAAGGGCGUGUUCACAGCUCGGGGCUGCCCUGACAGUAGUUUUGUUUUUUUUUUUUUGCUAACUUCCUUCCCCUACCCCCUCUUUUUUUUGUUGUUGUUUUAAUUAUUAUAUUAUUAUUAUGUUUUAUUUAAGCUGUCCCACCAGGACUGGCGAGCACUCGCGUUCCGCGGGCAGGGCCGCAGGCAGGAGCACGCGCGGCCGGCGCACCACUGUACUGUACAUAGAGGAGAUGUAGGCAGAGGCUACGGGCAGGGGGGCAGGCAGGGAGGGGGUGCCCAGGCUUGCCCACCUGGCAAAGGUUAGUCUGCAUCACGCGGUGCCUGAUCCGAGCACCCGUCGCCUCCCGCCCCGCCGGGACCGGGAGAGACCAGUGCUCUGACCUAGGGCUGGGAGCAGGCGGGCAGCUCAGCCCGUAGCCUCUGUGUACAUGGGUACUUCUGCACACAACUGUCUUAAAACAACUGUUUUUUUUAAAGGACAAUAAAAACCAUGCAUCAAAUCUG